CUUUUUUAAGAAAAAAAAGACUCUACUUUCUGCUUUUUUUUUUCUUUCUUUGUCGACUCUUUAUUUGGGAACUCUUGUGAACCUUUACCUUCCAUAAACGUUUUUUUUUUAUAUACUAUCAAGAUGAAUCCACCUUCCAAAAUCAAACCUUAUGAAGAUGACUCUGGAGACGAUUCUGAUGAUAAACCGAACAAGCGGUCAGGUCGUCGCAAAAUUAAAAUUGAAUAUAUUGAAGAUAAAAACCGUCGUCAUAUUACAUUCUCCAAACGAAAGGCGGGUAUUAUGAAAAAGGCAUAUGAAUUGAGUACUUUGACUGGAACUCAAGUCCUUUUAUUGGUUGUUUCUGAAACUGGUCUUGUGUAUACUUUUACUACUGUCAAACUUCAACCUAUUGUUACCAAACCUGAAGGCAAGAAUUUGAUUCAAGCUUGUUUGAAUGCACCUGACCCCAAUACUACUGAACAGGAAUCUCAUACUGCUAUUGAAGCAUCUUCACCCAGAUCGAAUCAUAUGGAAGAAAAAAAUGAAGUAAGCCCAUCCUCGUCCACUGGUUACAACAAUAAUGCUGCUCCUGCUUAUCCAUCAAGUUAUCCUGCUGGUCAGACUCCUGGAAUGAGUGGAAAUGGUUAUCCUUCUUACCCUGGUUAUCAACAACAACAACAACCUCCUCCUCCUCCUCCCCAUCAUCAUCCUCAUCAAUCUUCAGCAGGAAACUCUAAUCAGCCUCCAUAUGGAAUGCCUUAUUAUGGACAACAUAAUCAACAGCAACAAUAUAUGUCUUCUUCUAAUCAACAUCAAGAUUAUUGGACAAAACAAGAGGCUGAUGGUAAACGGGACAACAAAUAGUGGAAUAUCUUUAUUUAGUUUCUCCUCCUUUCUUUAUCUGUACUUUUCUAUUUUUUUUUCUUUUCUUUUUUUAUAUAUCUGAUGGUUCUCUAUGUUUAUAUUAUGUAGUCCUGUUUAGUUUAGUUUAGU